AUGAGUGAACCUAACUCGCUCAAAUGGACUCUCAGGUUCAAAAACCAUAACAUUACAAUCCUCCUCCUUGUGUCGCCUGUCCAGUCAUUCGACUCCAUCAAGGAAGAGCUCCUGCGGGCUUUGAAAGUCCGCAACAUUACCCAAAUCAACGGCCAACCCGUCCCUCAAGACCCAGCUGAAAUCGAAUUUGGAAUACCAAUUGACAGAAAUAACCUGGAAAAAGGUUGGGAAAUAAUGAAACCACCUGCGCGAGAUAAAAGCGGUGAGAAGCAACCUUUACGAGGUCGAAAGACUAUAAUCGCCAGCCCGGAGGGAUCAGGUCUUAAAGAUUCUCACGCGAUUGCCUUCAGAUUCCACAAACCCGUUGAAGGAGAAGAUGACGAUGAACUGGGAAUCGGCUUUGAUGACCCUGGCUGGGACGUUUUGAUAUCAAAAUAUGACGCCGAGGAUGGCGAGUGA